CCUGGGCAACAGCAUGUCUAAUCCUAGGCUCUCUGCACCCAGCCUCAUAUCCCCAGAAGAAGUUGGAGGAAGAGGGUCCCCAGUCCAAAAGCGCAGGAGAAGGAAUGAACUUACAGGAGAAUGUCACCGUGGCCAUGGCAGUGGUCACCAUCUUAGCCUCCAUUUACUUCUUCCAUAAGGCCCAGAAAUAAGAAGACCUUGGGACCCUCAGACCUGAAGGCUACAAUCCUGCCUUGAAUAAUCACCCUGGACUCUUGGACUAAAUAAAUGUGACGGGCUCAUCCCGCCUGGUUCCUUCACA